UUCUUUUUUGUUGAUGAAGCAAGAAAAGGUGCUCACUUACGUAAAUCAAACUGUACAAUACACAAUAUGUACUAUGGUAUCUAUGCAUGUAUGUACGUAUGUAACAUAGUGCCAGGAUCAUCUGAGCCAACUGUCAAAACUUGUUUUAUGAUAAAGAAUUUACCUGGAAGUUACCGGGAUUACUUAGCAACCAUGCACCUGUAAGCUCCCAUUUUGAGUCCAGACCAGACGUCCAGCGUUUAGCUGUACAUUAUUAAUGAUGCCACAGACACAGAACCUGUUCAAGACUCAGUGUGUCACAAAGAUAGUGUGUAGGCAUGGAGCUACAUUCAACAGGCCGUUGAAGUAUUUGCAUACGUUAGGGUACUGCUGCAGUAGGAUUUCAGGUGAAUUACGACUAAAGAAGAGACUAGACUAAUGGAAGGAGAACCAGGAGUAGUGCGUGAUGAGCCAGUGGUGUUAUGGGAAAAGCGUAUUCAGCAGAGCAUCAUUGUGGAUCUUAGUGAAGAUGAGAGUAUCCACUUAAGUGAUCUGGAGAGUUCCCUGGCUUUUCACAUCUCACAGGUAGACUCAGCUCCCUCAGAGGCCAGUGUCCACCUUUCAGGAAGUGCAGAAAUGUCUGAUUAUGACAACUCUUCAGAGUCUAUCAUCAACAGCCACCAUGAGGGACAUAUGAGAAAUCACACCAGAAGCAAUGAAGUGUGUGUGUCUGUCCUGAGACCAAACACAGCAGUACAGGACGUGCCCUCCCAAAACCUGUAUAAUGACGACCCAGGGCAGAGCACCAGUGAUGAAGACCACGAGGAACUGCCGUAUGAUGGGGACUUGGGAAGCCUCUACUUUAACCGUGUUGCCCAUUCAGACAUUAGCCAAGAUGGAAGACGAUCAAGUUGUAAUGAUCCAGAUUUGCAUCAUCUCAGUGAACUAAUAAUAAAUGAUGCUGGUGAAAAAGAGUUAGCACCAGUCAAGCCCACCAUGAAAGCAACAGAAAGCUUAGAGGAAAAUGCCAAGGCUAAACAGGAUAAAGAUUCACAUAUGGAAAGUGAAGCUUCAGGAAGCAUUCCCUUUAUCCAGUUGCCUUCAAAAGAUGAUUUAUUACGAUCCGGACGCCUCAUUGAAGCGGAGACCCUUCCAGAGGUUUCUUUAUUAGACAGUAUGGAUGAAAUUCUUUAUAGCAGAGCUUCAGUGCACAGCAGCAAGAAUAAUCCUUGUUACCAUGGUUUAACAUCAAUUAGUAAGAGUAAUUAUAAUAGCUACUCAGAGCAAAAAAGCACUGCAAAUGUGAAUAUGAGUUUAUUAGAAACUGAAAAUAUCAUUAAGGAUGGUACAUCAUCUAUUGCAGAGAUUGUCUCAUUAAAUUCAUACAGUAAUAGCUCUAAACAUCAAAUUAUCAGUGAGACUUGGUCAGAUGAAGCUGAAGAGGAAAUGAAAAAUGACAAAGCCCCACUUCUGCGAGCCAGAUCGUUUAAUGAGAUUAAAUAUGGACAGGGUCAAGUCCACUAUCCUCUGCCUGAUUUCUCCAAAGUGGCCCCCAAAAUAAAAAUACCUAAAACUUCCAGAGAAUCACUCAAACCAAUGCCGCAGCCUCCAAGCAGUAUUCACAGAGCCCACUCAUCUCCUGACAUGUUAGAUGUGGUGAGCAGAGUCCUUGAAGAUUCAGUAUUUACAUCAGAGAGACCAAGUGUCUUCAUUGAGCCAGACAAAUCAGCAAUCCCAGCACUUGUGCAGCACCUACAGGAUAAAUAUGACAAACUUCUCACCAAAUAUGCUGAAGCAGAGACUCUCAUAGAUCGGAUGAGACUGGGGACAAAAGCUGCUUCUGCAAUACAACUUCGUUUUGAUGACAGCCAGAACUACGUAGCUGAAGGAUCCAUACUUAAUCCCUUAGAGAAAUUGGAUGCAACCCAGUGUACUGAUAAUGACGAUUCAGUGGACUCCAAAGAUGGACCCAGUGAUGGUGAAUUAAUGACGACUGAGCUCUCUAACAUAGCCACCCAGUUUAUGCAAAAUGUAGAUGAUUUUAAAUAUAAUGUAAGCAACAAAUCAAUAAACCUAGAGGAGCAGCAAAUGAUGUUGAGAAUUUUGAUGGAGGCCCAGGACCAACUGGAAAGAAAAUACAUAAGUAAGAAAGAAGAGCACAGAGCUUUGGAGAUGCAGAAAUAUAUGGGGAUUAACAGGAACACUGGCACUUUUGACCCUGACAGGCUGGUAGAGGGAGGUAUUUUCAGAUUAGGGAUGCUUCUUGAAGAUAUAAAGGAUAUGAUAGACAAGAAUAUGUGUGACCAGAUUUCACUGCCCCAGUCUUCAUCCACUCCAAGAUCAUUCAAUGUCCACAUUAGACCACAUGUGUUGUGUAUGUCUCCACCAACGGCCCCACUGUCUCUGCACGAGGAUCAGACUACAUCUUUUUCUGCUGUGGCCAAUGAGAUGGAGAUCACAACAGAAGCUAGUACAGGUCAGGGGGAUUAUCAAGUGGAGCAAAAUAAUGAGCAUAUUGUUACCGACCAUACCGAAGGUAGAGAGUUGCACAGCUACUCAUGGUCACCACAUGCAUUUCAGACAGUGUGUUUGACUUCAUCAGAGGAACACAAAGACCAACAAGAUGAAGAGUCAGUUUUGACAGAAUGGAUUCGAUACAGUAACAUCCUAGCUUACUUUGAUUUGACCAAGACCAGUUCCAGGGAAACCUUGCCAAUCAGUAGAAGUACACAGGAUAGAGCACAACACCUGGAAUCUGAUCUGGACAAUUGUGUGAGUUUGUCUGUGGAAGUCUCUUGCUCCAGUGAAGAUUCUAAAGGUUGUGACAGUGUUCCUGAACCACUUCUCAAAACCUCUGUGUCUCAGAGAAACAUGAGCCCAGAGACAGACAGUGGGUUUGGAAGUUCUUACUUGAAUCAAUUUGCAUCUGGCUCUUUCCAGCAAAAUCUUAAUGAAAGUUUUCAGUCUCAGAAGGCUCCUAUAAGCAGCUCAGAUAGUGAGGGUUCAUGUUCCAACCUCCAGACAACCAUUGAGCCAGUCACCAAAGCCCAAAGAGCUGUGCCUCCUGUAAGGUCAGAACAGCCCGGUGCAUCAAAUCCAGUCCAGCAGUGCCUCGAGAGCACAACUAAAGAGGCUAUAUUCAGAGUACAAGGUACCAAGCACCACUACAUGUCAGAACCUAUGCUGGGUAGAAUAAACACACAAGGAAGUCCAGUGUAUUCCUGUUCUUGUAACAAUGAAGCCAUUUUAGCCUUACAAUCAGAAGUAUCCAGACUAAAGAAAGACAUGGAGGAGGGCCUCAUUCAGCUACCAUACCUCACCGACAAACUUGACUACCUCUCCUCAAAAUACAGACACGAGCGUUCAAAGUCAAGAUCAAGGAGCCACCAAAGGUUAUCUGCAAACAGCCCAUUAAAGUCACCCACUAUUGGACUAACCCUGGACAAUACCUCCCCAAGUCCUGUCAAUUUAGAAUGGAUGUCUACAUACAUAGAUCCUGCCAGAAACAAAGACACUGAAGACACAACUGCCUCAGACAUGCAGUUUGACUAUUCACCUAUAGAGGGAGGAAGAGGCAGUGAUUUUCUUCAUCUUGAUUCAGGGCUUCACUCACCAGGAGCAGGGUUAUCAAGUAGAGGAUUUACAGAAAAAUGGUCUCCAAUUUACUCAACAGCAAUCCACAAACCACUUCUCCAGGUCAACUAUGGCUCUUCCAGCAGCUUGCCUGCAAGUUAUAAAUUGAGGGAGUAUCCACUACAGCCAGCAGCCUACAAUCGGAAGAGGUCCACCCAAUCAGACUCUGCCCUUCUGCCCAGCAAUGUCUUUUUUCAGCGCACAAUGUCUCCUCUCUCUGCACCCUCAAAGUUAGGAGGCAGAACAACCAGGCACAGUCAAAACAAGGAAGAAGACAUUCACCGUACUCUUGACAAGGCAAUUGAGGUGGCUCAUAGCAUGAAGAAGACCACAGACCGUAUGGCUAAAUGUCUGUCCGCCGACUUGGCCAAAGCAAGACAAAAAAAGUUGUACAGGGGCAGAAAGCACCAUGAUCUCUAACAUAGAAUUCAACAAAAAAAAUGUAUUUAAAAUACAUGGCAGACCAUAAUGGACAUUUUUAUGUAAUAAAGAGUUGAUUUAAAUGAAACAUUUAAAGAAUAGAGAUAAAAUUGGCAGGUAGUGUAGGAAGGACUUUUUUCUCCCUGUGGAGCAUCUUCAU